GACAGCGCACGCGCAGUUGCGACGUCACAAGGCAAACACGCUCUGUGCACAGAAGCCGCAGUGUGUCUCUGUCAGGAAAGGAAGUGGCUCUCUGAAGUGACUCGACCGCACAGUGUUUCGGAAAGAUAGUAACUGGGCAGUCCUACUUUAAGACUUCCACCCCAGACUAAAUAAAAACGUUUAAAACCAGCGCUCUCUCAUAUCAGUAGGACGUAAAAACUGUAUGUAAAUUGAACCGACGGCAUUUCAGACAAUAACAGGUAACCGACGUCUUAAAGUGAACGGACUUGCACCAUCUGGAAGAAUGAGAUUCAUUGCAGUUUCUGUCAUUCUUUGUGCUGGAUUUUUCUGGCCAACCUUUUCCCAUCCUCGGGGAGAAUGGACAAAACUCACCCUGACCCAGCACUGGCCACAGACAUUUUGCAGUGUGGAAAAAACUUGUACAACAAAUAUAAGCUUUUGGACUCUUCAUGGAUUAUGGCCCAACUCUGGCAUGAUGUGCAAUACAUCCUGGCAUUUUAAUGCCAGUUUGAUUAAGGACUUGAUACCAGAGAUGAAAAAAUAUUGGCCAGAUCUAAUAGAACCUUCCUCCUCUGAAUUUUGGAAAUAUGAAUGGACAAAACAUGGAACCUGUGCUGCAAGAGCAGAGUCUCUGAACAGUCAACAUAAAUACUUCAGCAAAGCUCUUGAGCUGUACCACAAGUAUAACCUUACUAAUGUUUUAAAGGACAACAGAAUCGUGCCCUCUGAGCAGUACUACACUCUGGAUGACGUGGAGACAGCCAUUACUAGCUUCUACAAUGUGAAGACAAAGAUUCAGUGUGUCCAUCCAGGAAAGGGAGGCCAGGUUCAGGUUUUGGGCCAAAUAGAGAUCUGCGUUGACAGGGAUUUCCAGCUGAUCGACUGCGAAAAGUCAACCGAAGAAAUCUGGAGCAAUGACAUCCCCGCAGUGGCUAUCAGUGGCCAGUCAGAGCUCAGCGUGUGUGAUCACUCCAUGCCGAUCUAUUACCCCCCAGUGCCAAGCAGAUCAUAGAGGUGGGCAACCCACUGAGCAUAACAAGAAGAGAAUACAUUAUGUCUGAAAUGCUGGAAACAGUUGAAAAUAUUUCCUGUUUAUAUUUGCACAUUAAACUCCUUUGUUGUUUUAAAUGGUGAUGCUGGAACAAUCUAGUGAAGAUUUAAGGGUGUCACAGACUGCUGUAUUCUAUGGUUACUGGGUUAAUUUUUUUAUUGGUCUUACUGAUUCAUACUGCGGUCUUUUUCUCUCUUUUUUUUUGUGUGUGUGUGUCCUUGGGUGAAUUUCAUAAAAAAAUGUCCAGAUCAAAUUUACCACAAAAUGUCAAGGAAAGAAAAUUAUUAAUUAAAUGUGUUAUACUUUAGGAAAUGUUUUUAGCAUUAUAACACAAUUUUCAUGAUGCAUAUCCCACUUGACCACUGUGCAUCUGGACAUUUUACUUUUCUCCAAUUCACAUUAUUCGAAAUGAUUAUCAUUUAGUAGUACAGUAGUUUUAUUACACUAAAACCAAAAAAACAAGUUUGAUGUAUAAAUGUUCGACAGUAUAGAUAAUAUACCACUGUUGUGUUCAUAAAUCAGAAAGAAUUUUUUAGCAAUGUGCUAUUUCCAUUAAAAAUUACAAUGCAAUAAUUUCAGUGAUCCUUGAAGCAAACCAAAUCUUUUUAUUUUAAGUCUUUGUAUUUUUCUUUCAGUCUAAUUUAGCUGUAUUAUUCAGUGUUUAAUAUAUUUCAUCUGAUAAAUUUGUUAUUGUGAGUUGGAUUGAAAGAGGCCAUUCAUGCCUUAAUUUGCGAUGUUAAUUUGUAAAAUAUGUGGUAGGUUUGGAGCUUUGGGCCUAAUGGCAGCAGUUGCACAUAAUGCACAUUUAAGCUUCUGCCGCUGGAGGGCAGCACAUGCAUUCUGCCAAAAAAAAAAAAAAAAAAAAAAAAUCACAAUGAUGUUGUUUACAGAUAUGUUGCUCACAUGUACGUUUUAUGGUAGUGGACUACAGGGGAAAAAAUUACUAUUUGCACAAAAUGUUCCGGUAAAUAAAGAGUGUCUUUCUGGCUUUUAAACUGUAUUUCAAACAGUUAUUAGAUGACAGCCAUAUCAGAUGUGGGCAUUUGAUAUGCAACUCAGCUUGUGAAAGACAUGCCUAUUCUUUGAUUUUAUACUGCUGGUCAUAGACUUUUUAUACAGUAGGUACAAAGGUUUGUCACUUUUACAGUAUUUCGUAAAUGCCUCACUUAAACACCAGUAACUAAAAUAUUUUUGUAAUGCAAUGCCAAUUGAAUAAAUACAGAAAAUCACA